CCGCGACGGACUAUUUGAGCCUCUUCUUGUCCGCUGCUCCUUGCUGCGAUACCUGCAAGCAAAAGCAUCCCUUCUCUCACGUUCUCUUCUAAGUUAUAUCAGAGUUGUACUUCAUUUUCUCUCAUUCGUUUAAUCACGAUUCCAAUUGUUACAAGCAUAUACUCCGACAGACUUACAUACGUUCAGCAAUCUACUAUACAGUUUAAUAUCAGCCUCAUUUAUACUCCCAACCAUGCAAUACCUCCUUUUCACUGCUGCGGUGGCUGCACUAGCCGGACUCACCAUCACACAAACCAUUGAUCCCAACUCUGUGCCGUUGUCGACAAGGCAAAUUUGGUGCAACUCUCAAGUCGCCGAAUGCCCCUUGAUUUGUACGGACCAGACGAAUGGCUCAGCUGCCACUUAUGCAAACACGUGUGAUCCUACCAGUUUGACUUAUAGCUGCGUCUGCGCAGACGGCCUGUCACCGAAUGCCUCCGAAUACUCUCAGAGCCUCCCAUACUACAUCUGCACUCAGUACAACACCGAAUGUCAGCAAGCCUGUGGGAAUGACAACACAUGUGCGGCAGCAUGUGUGCAGAACCAUACCUGUGGUGCCACGAAUCCCACAAGAGUGAAUACGAGUACAAUUACAACAAUGUCGGCCACAAGCACCAGCAAUGGGGCUGCGGCCUCGACUGCUUCCGGUGGUGGUGUCGUAUACAGUGGAUUUGGAGGAAGUGCUGCCACUACCACAGCUGCUGGGGAGUCGAGUGGCUCAAGAAGCUCGGCCACAAGAAUCAUUGUCAAUAUGGGUCAAGUCUAUGGUCUUGGUGUGCUUGUCGCGAGUAUCUUCGCCGGAUUCACUCUCAUGCUAUGAGACGUCAUGGCCGGGGAAAGAGAAUUGACUGGGUCCUUCAUUCUGAUACCAGCCGCGGAGCAUACACCUUACUAGAGCAUUUGGAUUUUUUGGUUCUCAGUUUCGAGCAAAAGUUUGAUACAGCGGGUUUCAGCGUCGGCGUAACAUCAUGCGUUCCUGGAUAUGCUGUGUGUCGUAGGCAUAUAAUACAAGUGAACAAGAAUAUCUUCUUGAAGGGAUCUGGCACAACAGUAAUAUCAACAUGAUUUCACAGAA